CUCUGAUUCCACGACAAGCCGUAUUCUGUUACUGAAACAAGAUGGCGUCCGGCAGUGGGUCCAGUAAGAAUGACUUCCGUAGGAAGUGGGACAAAGACGAGUAUGAAAACCUGGCUCAGAAACGAUUGUCUGAGGAGAGAGACCGGGAGAGGAGAGAUGGGAAAGUGGCUCCUCCGGUUAAGCGGGACCUCCUGCGUCACCGAGACUACAAAGUGGAUCUGGAGUCCAAGCUGGGGAAGACCAUCGUCAUCACAAAGACCACUCCUCAGGCGGAGAUGGGCGGGUACUACUGUAACGUCUGCGACUGCGUUGUGAAAGACUCCAUCAACUUCCUGGAUCACAUCAAUGGCAAAAAACACCAGAGGAACUUGGGGAUGUCGAUGCGUGUGGAGCGCUCGUCUCUGGAUCAGGUGAAGAAACGCUUCGAGGCGAACAAGAAGAAGAUGGAGGAGAAGCAGAAGGAGUACGACUUUGAGGAGCGCAUGAAGGAGCUGCGGGAGGAGGAGGAGAAGGCGAAGGCCUACAAGAAGGAGAAGCAGAAGGAGAGGAAGCGGCGGGCAGAGGAGGAUGUGGACUUCGAGGAGGACGACGAGAUGGCGGCGGUGAUGGGAUUCUCCGGCUUUGGCUCGUCCAAGAAGAGUCACUGACACACUGCGCCGCCGCGGCGAGGAGCGUCAGGAAACGGCCCGUUUGAACUGACUUUUAAUCCUGGAAAUAUUUCUCUUUUGUCUUCAAUCAUGCUCUUAUUGUGAUAGUUUCAGUCAGCAGCUUCCUGUUGGAGACACGAGAGGAAGUGAAGGUGAAGGCGCUCUAAAGUUUGUUUUAAUCUUCUCUGUGAGAGACGGACCAAAAAUCAACAUUUACUGCGACAUGUUCAAGUUCAUGCAGAUAAAAUGGUAGUUUGUAAUUUUCACCUUCAGAAAAAGUUGCUUUUCAUACAAAAAUAGUUUAUAAGUUUAAAUUUAAAGUUUUGAUGAAAAAUGUAAUUGUAGUUUAACUGAAUUUUUGAGUGUUAAACGAGGAUAAGUAUGUUUUUAAGAACUGAAUUAUAAACAGAUUCAGUUUUAACUUAUUAUUUUCAACAUGUUCAGUUUGUCUGUUGGAGAAAUUCAGAUUUUAAUAAACACGUUUUCUUUAUUUCUAAUUGA